UUUAUGGCCGUUUGUACUUGCCACACGCCAUUUUGGAAGAGGAGGUUCGGGGUAUAAUUGAGAUUCCUGCUGAUUCCUGCAUUUUAUUAAUUUCAGCGUCGUGCGUUUAUUCAGGUGAAGCGGCAGUAUUACAAGCAUGGGCGAGGAUUUCAACGGAGAUCGUGAUAGGCAAGAUCGGGAUAAAGACAGAGAUCGGGAUAGAGAUCGUGAUAGGCGGCAUCGUUCACGCAGUCGAGAUCGCAGAAAGCGCUCUCGUUCUCGUUCCAAAGAUCGCAGAGACAGAAAACGGAGUAACUCGCCGAAGAAGAGCCGCAGCUCCAGGAGAAGAAAACCAUCUUUGUACUGGGAUGUGCCACCACCCGGUUUUGAACACAUCACUCCUUUACAGUAUAAAGCUAUGCAGGCUGCUGGCCAAAUACCCGCGAAUAUCGUAGCAGACACUCCACAAGCAGCUGUGCCUGUAGUUGGUAGCACUAUAACUCGCCAGGCAAGGAGACUUUAUGUAGGGAACAUUCCAUUUGGCGUCACCGAGGAGGAAAUGAUGGAGUUCUUCAAUCAACAGAUGCAUCUCUCUGGACUUGCACAAGCUGCUGGAAAUCCAGUAUUGGCGUGUCAAAUUAAUUUAGACAAAAAUUUCGCAUUUUUGGAGUUCCGAUCGAUAGACGAAACCACACAAGCUAUGGCAUUCGAUGGUAUAAAUUUCAAGGGGCAGAGUCUGAAGAUAAGAAGGCCACAUGAUUAUCAACCAAUGCCGGGAAUGACCGAUAAUCCAAGCAUGAACGUGCCAGGUACGGUUCCUGAUUCACCCCACAAGAUCUUCAUUGGUGGUUUACCAAAUUAUUUGAACGAGGAACAGGUGAAAGAGCUGUUGAUGAGCUUUGGACAACUGAGAGCGUUCAAUCUAGUAAAGGAUUCCGCGACUGGUCUCUCCAAAGGAUAUGCGUUCUGUGAAUACGUAGAUGUUUCGAUGACCGACCAAGCGAUCGCUGGAUUAAACGGGAUGCAACUGGGCGACAAGAAGUUAAUUGUGCAGCGCGCCAGUGUGGGCGCUAAGAAUCCUAUGAUAGGCGCGCAAGCUCCAGUACAAAUCCAAGUGCCUGGUUUGUCGAUGGUUGGCACGAGCGGACCUGCGACUGAAGUACUUUGUUUGCUCAAUAUGGUCACACCGGAGGAAUUAAUGGAGGAAGAAGAAUACGAGGACAUUCUUGAGGACAUUAAAGAGGAAUGUAACAAAUACGGUGUAGUGCGAUCAGUAGAGAUUCCUAGACCAAUCGAGGGUGUUGACGUUCCUGGAUGUGGCAAGGUAUUUGUAGAAUUCAAUAGCGUGAUUGAUUGUCAAAAGGCGCAACAGACUCUCACGGGCCGAAAGUUUAAUAAUCGCGUCGUAGUUACGUCUUACUUCGAUCCCGACAAGUAUCACCGUAGAGAAUUCUAAUUUGUAGACUUCUCUUUUCAUACCAUUUAAUAAUUAUAUAAAUAUAUGUAAUACAUUGUAUAUGUGAAUUUGAAUAAGCGUACUCGAAGAAAAUUAUACAUUUACCAAUGAAUAAUCGACGAUAAUAAUAAGAACUUGCUGCGUUUAGCGGUAAGCAAUUAGAAUUGUAAGUAUAUCCCAUUGAAACAGAAAAUUUCCUCACGCUUUAAAGACACAACGUGGACAUAUGUAAUAAUAACAAAUACAUUUGGUCGUUAAUAUAAGAUGAACAAUGGUACCGAUAAUUUGAUAUUACCUGUUAGAAGAUUAA